UGUAGUAUAUACAAAUGGGGUUUGGGGUUUUCUCUCCUCUAGCUCUUAGCUCUACCUCUCAUGGCUUCUGAAAAUCUGCUUGCUAUCAAAUGAGCUUGUGGAAAAGUACUCUCCUUUUGCUGCAUUGGGAUCCUCUUCGCAGAUCUCUCGUCACUUGCUUUCCAAUUAUUUCUUUCAAAUUACUUUGAUCGGAGAAAAGAUUGUUCCCAAAUUCACAAGGACCAAAGUAGAUUGCAGGCGAAAGCAGAAAAGCAAACCAGAAUUUUCACCGGCGAAUAAGUUAAGGGUAUCUAGCUUGAUAGAAAAUAUCGUGGGUGUUUUAUUUACUAGUUGGAGGAUUUUAAAUUUCUGGCAACAACAAUGGGUUACCAAGUUAUCGAGUGGGAUCAAGGAUGGGACCACGUACAGCAGGGGAUCGCAAAGAUGAACAGGAUUAUACAAGGAUCAUCAGAACCUCAGUUCACCUCAGAAGAAUAUAUGAGCCUUUACACAACUAUCUAUAACAUGUCUAUUCAACAGCCUCCUCAUAAUUAUUCUCAGCAGCUCUAUGAAAAGUAUCAGGAGACAAUUGAGGAAUACAUUUCUUCAACAGUGCUGCCGCCCCUAAUGGAGAAGCAUGAUGAGUUUAUGUUGCAGGAGUACGUCAAAAAUUGGGUAAAUUAUAAAGUUAUGUUUAGGUGGCUCUCACACUUAUUUUGUUUUUUUUAUGACCGUGGCAUCACUCGGAAUCAGUCAUCACUUCCUGGGCCGAAUGAAGUUGUACUUAACUGCUUCCGUAAUUUGGUUUAUCCGAAGGUAAAUGCUAAUGUGAGAUAUUAUGUACUUGGACUUAUGCAUAAAGAACGCGAGGGAGAGAAAAUUGACAGAGCACUACUGAAGAAUGUGAUAAAUAUAUAUGUUGAAAUUGAAAUGGGAGAAUUGGAUGCGUAUGAAAAGGACUUCGAAGAAUACAUGCUCAUUGAUACUCGCAAGUACUAUUUGCAUAAAGCAUCAAGUUGGAUUUUGGAGUACUCGUACACGGAUUACAUGUUGAAGGCAGAGGAAUGCUUGAGAAGGGAGAGGGAUAGAGUUUCUUGUUACCUGCUUCCGAGCAGUCAGAAGAAGCUAAUGGAGACAGUGAAACAUUGCUUGGUGGUGGUUCAUGGAAGUCAAUUGAUUCAGAAGAGCAUUCUGUAUCUGGAUGUACUUUGCUCACGGUUGAAAAUCUGGAGGAGCUUUCUAGGAAAUUUAUUGCUAAUUUGGCAUUGGAACAGCGAGUCUCUGCUGAAGGUUUGCCCUUUGUUCGACAGGCAGAAGAUGUAGCAAUGAUUGAGGAUUGAGGGGAGUCGCACUGCAACAAUUGACCUGUAGAAAAAUGGUAAAAAAUGUUUGGUUAUUAGGGGUUUUACUUUCGGAUAUGCUGCAAACUGUGCGCUGCUUGUUUUGAGAUCCUUUGACCCACCCUCUGAUAUGUCAUAUAACUAACUACCUUGGUGCCAAGUAUGUUUUGUAAUUGUUGUCACUGUAGCAUUAAAAUGGAUGUUUGGAAAACAAUGGAAAACGUGGUUGAUAAAAUCGCUGCCGUUAUGUCUUAGCUUGGCGUACUUGUGUUCAAGCAUCAAAUUGUAGUUUCAAUGCAGCGUUUGAAUCCAAAUGUUAAAAAACAGAAUCAAGAAAUAGAAGUUGCAUUACAGUGUCUAA